UUUGAGUGCACAAGUGAAGAUAGUCGGAACACAAUAUUUUUUUUAUUUAGAAAAUUUUGAGAUAAUUAUAAAUUUUAAUUUUUAUUUCUAUUGUUCAAUAUAAAACUAAUUAAAUAAAAUGAGAAGGUGCAUGAAUAGUAAAAAUUUUAAUCUAAUCUUGUUAAAGCAUAAUUUUUUUACAAAAAUACUUAACUUUUCUUCAGUAUCAAGUGGACAGAUCAACAGUAAUGAUGUACCGAGGAUUGACGAGCAGUGGUUAAAUGCAAAGCCAUUCAAUAAACUUCCAGGUCCUUCCAAAUAUGUAUUUCCACUAACUUUCUUACCAGGAGGGAGCAUGCAUAACAAAACCCUCUUAGAUGUUCAUGCAUUUAUAAGAAAAAAAUAUGGCUCAAUCAGCUUACUAAAGGGAAACUUCGGACAACCAGACGUCGUUUUUACAUACAAUCCUGAAGAUUUUGAGAAAGUUUACAGAACCGAAGGUGUAUGGCCGAUGCGUAUUGGUUUGGAAACAUUUCAGCAUUAUCGUUUAAAUAAAAGACCAGAAGUUUUUAAAGGAAUUGGCGGUUUGGUUACAGAGCAAGGAAAACCAUGGCAUGAAAUUAGAACAAAAGUGAAUCCAGUUUUAAUGAAAACGCAAACAGUGAGACAUUCUUUGCAACAAAUCGAUGAAAUUGCUACUGAAUUUUUGAACAAAAUUCCUCAAUUACGCAAUCCAAAAACAAUGGAAAUGCCAAAUAAUUUUUUUGAUGAAAUAAAAAAGUGGUCAUUUGAAUCAAUAAGCACUAUAGCAUUAAAUCGUAGGUUAGAUUUAAUCAGGUCUAAAAACCCAGAUCCGAAAGCACUUCGUUUAGCUAAUGCAAUGCAGACAUUUUUUCAAUUAUCAUUUGAAUUCGAUGUUUUGCCAUCAUUUUGGAAAUAUUAUGAGACAAAAAAAUUUAAAAAGCUGAUGUCGACAUUUGAUGAAAUAACAUUAAUAACAACAGACUAUAUCGAAAGAGCAAUUUUAGAUUUCAAUACGAAAUCAAACGAGGAAGCUAAAAGCGUAUUAGAAAAGUUAUUAGUACUUGAUAAACAAAUUGCCUUUAUAAUGGCUAUGGAUAUGUUAAUGGCAGGAAUCGAUACGACUUCUUCAACAUUAACUACAGUCUUAUACAAUUUAGCUAAAAACCCUAGUAAACAAAAUAAACUUAGAGAGGAAAUAAUGAAAAUUUUUCCAGAAAAAGACUUUCAAUGUACAGUACAAAAUACAAAAAAUAUGCCAUAUUUAAGAGCUUGUAUAAAAGAGGGGCUGAGAAUAACACCUAUUACACCUGGAAACUUUCGAAUGACUGGACAAGAUUUGGUUUUGAGCGGUUAUCAAGUACCAAAAGGUACAGGUGUUAUAAUGGGUGUUAUGGCUUUAUCUAAUGAAGAAAAAUAUUUUCCAAAAAGUCAUGAAUUCAUACCAGAGCGGUGGUUAAAAGAGGAACCGUUUGCUUCUGCUAAAAAAACAUCCAAUCCAUUUGUGUAUUUACCAUUUGGUUUCGGCCCAAGGACUUGUAUAGGUAAAAGAAUUGCUGAAAUGGAGCUGGAAACACUUAUAUUAAAAUUAAUUCGAAAUUAUAAAAUUUCUUGGGAGCAACCGGAUUUAAAAUACACAAGUAAUUUAAUUAUCAUUCCAGUAUCACCCUUAAAAUUUAAAUUUGAGGAAAUUUAGUUAAUCUGAUUUGAUUUUGUAAGCUAUCAAUUGAGAUCAAUUUAAACAAAUAUAAUCUUUAGUUUUUUGAAAUUUUUAUAAUAUUUAUGAACGAUAUUUAGAUCUUAAAAUACAAAAAUUUUCCUGAAAAUUAUGAGGUCGGGUUUAAGAACCAACUGUGUGUUAGUGUGAAUCGAAUAAUAUCGUUUUUAUUAAUUUAAUACUAACUAACUUUUAAAUUAGCUAGUAAUUAAAAAAUUUAAAGCUAACAUUACUAAAAGAAAAGGAAUUUGCAAUGUUUGUAGACUAAUUAGCCUUUGCAUAAUAAAUUUGUAAAAAACCA